UUUGGCGAAAGUAGUGAUCGUGCGAUAAAAUUGUCACGUGAUGAAAGAUGGCCGCGCCCUUGAGUUCACUCCGUCAUGGACUGUCAAGAAAAUUUUUAAGAUCAGCACAAAAGACUCGGGUGCUGUCAAGUUGCCUUCAGAAAAGAUGGCUUCAUCUACAAGAAUACCAGAGUAAGACUUUGAUGAAAGACCAUGAUAUUGAGGUGCAGCAUUUUGAAGUUGUUGACAAUGCCGACGCUGCCAAGUCAGUGCCUUCCAGACUCAAUGCUUCUGAAUAUGUGAUAAAAGCUCAAAUUUUGGCUGGAGGAAGAGGGAAAGGUACAUUCUCUAAUGGAUUUAAAGGAGGUGUGCAGCUUACCAAAGACCCAAGCAAAGUUUCAGAGCUGGUCUCGAACAUGGUGGGUCACAAACUUGUCACAAAACAAACACACGGAGAUGGUGUUCUCGUACAGAAAGUCAUGGUCGCGGAGGCUCUUGAUAUUGCGCGUGAAACAUAUUUUGCCAUACUUUUAGACAGACAGUAUAAUGGACCAGUCAUUGUAGGAAGUAGUCAGGGUGGAGUGGACAUAGAAGAAGUAGCUGUAAAAACUCCAGAAGCCAUAUUUCAUGAACCAGUUGAUAUCAUGGAGGGUUUAAGUAAGGAAACAGCAGACAAGAUAGCUGAAAAGCUUGGAUUUAAAGGGAAACAACAUGCUCUGGCAUCAGACCAAGUGUUAAAACUUUAUAAGAUGUUUAUUGAUGUUGAUGCCACUCAGAUCGAGAUCAACCCAUUUGUGGAAACACCAGACGGACGAGUUGUUUGUUUUGAUGCAAAGAUGAACUUUGAUGAUAACGCUGAGUACAGACAGAAAGAAAUAUUUGACAUGGAUGAUUUAUCAGAAAUGGAUCCCAGGGAGGUUGAGGCCACAGAGCAUCACCUGAAUUAUAUAGGACUUGAGGGAAAUAUAGGAUGUCUAGUAAAUGGUGCUGGAUUAGCCAUGGCUACGAUGGACAUUAUCAAGUUGUUUGGAGGGGAACCAGCCAACUUCCUGGAUGUUGGAGGCGGAGUUACAGAACAGCAAGUGUAUAACGCAUUCCAUAUUCUAACUGCUGAUGCUCAUGUUAAAGCGAUAUUGAUAAAUGUUUUUGGUGGUAUAGUGAAUUGUGAGACGAUGGCUAAUGGGAUAAUAAAGGCCUACACAGAAGCUCAUAUGACUGUUCCCAUGGUUGUAAGACUUGAAGGUCAGAAUGCUGCAUCUGCUUUACAAAUUUUGAAGGACAGUGGUUUGGACAUUACAACCGCAUCGGAUAUGGCAGACGCUGCCCAAAAAGUUGUCUCUUUGCUACCAAAGUCUUGAUGUACUGUUCUAUAAAUAGAAAAUCUUAAAUGAAACAUUUUAUAGAAGCUAGUGUACAAUCAUUGACCAAAUUAUAAUUGCUAUUUUUUUGCCAGAUUUAGUUGUGAUACUGAUUAUGUUGAGGGUAAUUAAUUUGUUUUGAGUGAUAAUAGAAUAUGUUACAUCGAGAAAGAGAAUUUUUUCAAGAAUAAGAAUGAAACUAUUAUUGUUUUAGAAUGGAGAAAUUUUUGCGAGAGGGGGCAGGGAAUUAUAUUUUCAAAUCUAUUGGGAUUCUAUAUAAAGCUAUGUAUUAAGAUUGGAGAUCAGCUUUGCCAUUGGUCAAAUUUUCUUACGUUGGUGAGAUGUUUUUAGGGUGGCAGUAUUUCACCUAGUGCCAUUUUCAUAACUUUUGAUCUAGCUCAGACUUCAACAUCAUAAAAUUCAUGAAAAGGUUGAUGAUCAUAGAAUGACCACCUUGCUCAGGGAUCUUUAGCUAGCUGAUUUCAUCAAUACUUGUGUCACUGGCUUGGUUGACUCUCCAGUGUUCCUUGUUUUCCAUCUUUACAUUGGUAUCAAUGCUUUUUUCCCCUUAUUUUAUCUUACCUAUUCCUUAAAACUUAUUCCUGAUUUCCGAUUAUCUUUUGCUAGCAUUCUGCUGGAGGGCAUAUUAAUUAUUAAAAAGAGCACAUUAUUUAUAGAAAAUUUUAUUAAGUCAAUUUAUCAAACAAGAUAAAUAUUGAAAAUUUUGGUGAUAAUGUUCGUGGAUUAUAUUUGUUUCAAUAGUCAUAUAUAUUAUAUAUAAUUAAGUGUUCAGCCAUUGUUGUUCGAGGUUUUCCUAUAGAUCUCAGAUCAAACAUUAUCAUUCUUUAAAUUAACCCUUUACCUGCUGAAUUUCUUGAAUAAACUUGUUCAGCUUCAGUUUCUGGAACCAUCCAUUAUCCGUGCUGGGUAUAUGAAGAAAAAAAUUGAAAAUCAGUCCACAGUAUAGAGCCUGGUCAGACUGCAUGGUUGUGCAGGCUUGCUGGGCUACAUACAUGUGACUAAGGCUCAUCACUUUUGGUUCAAGCAGGGUGAGGGCUACUAUUAAGACAAACCAUUAGCCGAGAAAACAGUUUUGUAAUAUACUUGUAUAUGUAAAUUUGAUUCUUCAGUUUAUUUGUGGUUAUCCCCCUUUAUUAAUCAGUUUAUUUGUUGUUAUCCCCCUUUAUUAACUU